UUCACCGUAUCUCUCGAUAAUGUAAUUGAAAUCAUUAUUUGAAAAGGCGAUUUUCUCUCCUGGUGCCCCAGAGGUGUGUUCAGCACUAAUUGAAGUGGGUGUCUCGGGUGUCCAUUGCUACCUCAACACCUUCUAUCUUACAGUAGCACGAGUGGUUCUGUAACACAUCUGCAUGAAGUCAAAUUACAAAACCUGCACAGACGUUUCACACUUUCUUCCAUUUCUUUUUUAUAAUAAGAGGAUUAGGUGUACAUAAUUAUUGAAUGCUGAAAAGAGCAAUAACUUUUCUAUGGCAACUGUGUGUGGCUUUUGACAUAUACACAUAUUGCUGCUUAUAUUCAAUGCCAAGCAGCACUGAAGGCAGAUGUUAGCUUUUUAGGUGGAGCAGAAGGGCGAGACAAUGUACUGUGCAUGACUAAUGUCCUGAGUGUCUUUGCUCUUUUUUUUUUUUUUUUUUUUACUGUUAUGAGCACCAGAGUAAUUAGGACAGUUGUGAAAGUGAACCAGACAUCAGAAUGGAAAAAGGUCUAAUUUCAGAGUUGGGCUAUACAGUGCUCUUUUCUUCUUCCACUGAACUCUAUUAAAUAAAAAAAAACACAGAAUAAUCCAACAACAUGGAUCGCUGUCGCCUCGUUCCUUUGUGUGCUUUUCACACUGUCUGCUCACAAGUUUCCAUCAUAGAAGUAUGAGCUCAGGGAACAUAACGCAGUUUGUAUUCAGUCUGUGUGACAGCCAGCAAAGCAGCAAUCUUCUGUCGAAAGACAAUGAUUCCACUCAGCUGCCAUGUUGUGCACACAAAUGUGCUAUGAGACAUCAGUCCUGAAAUCUGUCACCUUGCACAGUGAAAUUUAAAGUCUGUGAACAAGUCAAAAAGAUCCUGCACACUUUCUGCUUGUACUUUCGUUUGCCUACAUGGGUUUUAUUUUAACAUGUGAUUUCUAAACUUGCAGUUUAGUAUUUGGGAAAUCAAGUAUUGAUUUUACAUUUACACAAGUUCAUCCUCCCAAUGUGGCUUCAACAAGAAAUCUAUCAAUAAAAACAGAGGUAGUUUGUUCAUCUAGAGCUUAAACACUAAGUCUACUUCUUGAUUAGUCAAUCGACAGAAAAUUAAUCUGCAACUAUUUUGAUAGUUGAUUCAUUGUUUAAGUCAUUUUUCAAGCAAAGAUGUCAAACAUUCUUUAAACCCAGCUUCUAAAAUCCUUCUAAAAUGUGACAUUUUUCUGCUGUUGACUGAUUUAGAUCAUUGUAAAUUUAAUAUCUUUGGGUUUUGGGCUGUUUUUUCAGAUACAGCAAGUAAUUUGAAAAUGUCACCUUAGUCCCUGGGAAAUUGUUAUGGGCAUUUUUUUUAUUUUAUUUUUUUAUUUAUUUAUUUUUUACUAUUUUCUGAUAUUUAAACAAUGAAUUGGUUGGUCAUUAAAAUAAUCAGAAGAUCUGAUUGAUAAUGAAAAUAACUGUUAGUUGCAUUCAUCUGUGGGAAAUCAUUGUUAUUUCAGAAAUAUUACAAGCAAAACAAGACAAAGUACCAAAUAAGAGCCAUAAACCCAGUAUGUGCACAACCAUCCAUGACUAAACUAAGCAGACAGGUCAGGCAAAAAUCCAUUAUGAUCACUCAACAGUGCCAUUGCAGAUGUAUCCAGACAAAGUCACAGCACGCAAAAAAUACAUGUAAAAAGUUGUGCAGGUGCCACACACACAUGCAGGCAUCACUUUCUUUGAGAGGUCUUCUGCACUGUAGUAGUUGGACUGUGCUUUAGAUUUGCAUUACAGUUAAGACUUGGGCUUUUUAGCCAAUGUUCUCCAUGAUUGAAAUUCUCAGUCAGCCAUCAAUCUGCAUUAUAGACUGGUUUCCCCUUGUCUGUGGGGGCUAACUGAAACAGAUUGAGACAGCUCUUGCUCACUGCAUCACUAAUGGCUGCCAAUGAAAGACGUCUCUGUGCAGUUGACCCGUAUGUGGAACAGGAUCACGUCGCAGCUCAGAGCGAUGGGGAGAACACAGCUCAAUAUAGGGAGACUCUUCGGCAUCAGUCACCAGUCAACAGCAUCCUCAUCCUAUUGACUAAAUGUUGCCCAGAAAUAGAAUCUAAUCACAGGGUUUGGACAGGCUCUAGUUCUCCUAAUGGUUUACCAUUAGCUUACUGGAACAAAGCCCAAAGUAUAGAGAAAUAUAACAAUAUAUUCCAGGGUGUCUGCAUUGCAUGGCAAUAAUGGGUUCUCAAUCAUUGCCAUGGCACCUGCAUACUCCUCUGUGCUUAUAUACAAUAGUAGAGACCAGAGGUUGCUGAUAGAGAAAAUGAUUACUUGCUCACCUCUGGUUUGAAUCCUUCUCAUUAUUUUCUGUCACACAACCCUCCAUUAACCUGAGAAAAGGGCACAAAAACAUGAAGCUAAAAUUUGGGGAAUAUGCAUUUUCUCCAUUCAGCUGUGUUGAAUGUAUAAUACAGGAGUGCAGCCUAAGUGAAACAAUUUCCAAGCAAUUCUGCAGGAGGGCCUCAACAGAGUCAUUACCUGCAAGGCAUAACUGACAGUGAACACAGGCAAUCAUGCUAAUUGAUUACAUAGGCCUGUGCUAAUGGAAAAUGCAAAGCGUCAUUGUAUCUUCCAUGAAGCCCCUGUCAGGAACAUUUCCAUACAAAGGCUCCCAGAGGCAGACCCAAUAAUGUUUCUAGACUUCUCCCCAAGGAGACCAACAUCUUUCAGAUUGCUUUAAUCCAAUGCAUAAUACCUAUAGGGUGAUGAUCCACUCAAAUAUUUCAUAGUUACAUAGUAUCUGGCACACUGCUGAUCAACAACAGAAUAAAAACCUCGAGGGGACCACGUGCCUCUACAGAAAUGUAACUUAAUUAAGAGUACGCCCCCUUGCUAUUUUUUCCCCCAUCCAGGUUGCGAUGAGGAUGCGGGGGUAUGGGCCCCUCUCCCCUCUCGUCCAGGAUUCAGCCUCCAGCUCCUCCUCUGAUGCAUCGUUUGCAUCAGUACUUGGGAACACUUGUCCGCGCGCUGCUGCACCUCCCACAGUGCAUUCACGGACUCCACUUUACCAGGUGAUGACAGACAAACGCUCAAGAGUGAAAAUGACGUGUUUUUAAUACACUAGAAGUCGGAAUUAACGUAGAAUGGAGACGCGCCUCGGUCACUGCCUUUUUAUCAUUUUCUCUGAGUGGAUUUGGCUCUUCACCCUAACUUCCAUCCUGGGCGGAACAAAAGCGGAGGUAAGGUGCAUUCCCUCAUGCCAGCUGCCGCUAAUCACAGCAUUUCCCCGGGAACUCUCGGCGCUGGAUUUGACUAAUUUUGGCGAGGCACCAGCUGGGGAAUUUGUUGGAUUUACCGAGGGGUUACCGAGCGCCAAACCCAUCACCGGCGGGGACGACAAGCACAACGUUGCAGAAUUAACCGCGAGCGAAGAAAGUUCGUCCAAAGUACAGCCGCGGUUGGGGGGAAAUAACAUAAGUUGUCUCCAGAAGGACGCGCUGAACGGCCAGCAAAAACUUUCCCACCCGAAAGUGUUUUCUCGAAGUGCUUCACACGCCCCUUCUCCCAGUGACGGCGACUUAACCGAAAAUAGCACCGAUGAUGGAAAAAAUAAGAGCUUUUACGUUCAGAAUGGGGCGCAUGUUGAUGUGACGGUGGAAGAGGACACGGAUGUGGCCAGCUGGAGACGAACACGAAGCGCGAGGAGCGCAGAGACUUGGUCCGGAUUCAGACCUGAGGGCGGGGAGGAUGCUUCGUUUUCGGACCGGGAGGAGUUUCAGCUCACAAGUUCGACAUUUGCACUCGCCGGGGACACGGCUCACAACCAGGCGAUGGUGCACUGGUCCGGACAAAACAGUAGUGUGAUCCUCAUGUUGACAAAAUACUACGAUUUCAACUCUGGCAGAGUAACAGAGAGUUCUUUAUGGAGGUCAACUGAUUAUGGGACCACGUAUGAGAAACUUAAUGAGCAAGUCGGGCCAAAAACCAUACUGAGCUACUUGUACGUGAGUCCGAACAACAAAAGGAAGAUCAUGUUACUUACCGACCCGGAGGUGGAGAGCAGCCUGCUCAUUAGCCUUGACGAGGGGGCGUCCUAUCAGAAACACAGCUUAGCCUUUGAUAUCCUCAGCCUGCUUUUUCACCCCGAGCAGGAGGACUGGAUCCUGGCUUACAGCCACGACCAAAAGCUCUAUGUCUCUGUUGAGUUUGGGAGGCGAUGGCAGCUUGUGCACGACAGCGUCAUCCCCAACAGAUUCUACUGGUCCAGACUGGGUUUAGACAAAGAGCAAGGAAUGAUUCACCUUGAGAUCAGCGUCUCUGAUGGACGGUCACAGUACAUAACUUGUAAACUUCAGAAUUGCUCUGAUGGAAACAAGGGCAAGCCUUUCCCUGGAUUUAUCAUCCCUAAUUCCCUGGUGGUUCAGGAUGAAUACGUUUUCAUCCAGGUGCCAGUAGGUGGCCAGUCUGUCCAUUAUGUGUCCUAUAAAAGAAAUGCUUUCUACCCAAUGAAGCUUCCCAAGUACACUCUGCCAAAGGAUUUGCAGAUAAUCAGCACAGACGAUAACCAGGUGGUGGCAGCGAUUCAGGACUGGCACCAGAAUGAUUCCUACAAUCUGUACAUGUCUGAGUCCAGAGGGCUGUUCUUCACCCUGAUGCUGGAGAACGUUGUGAGCAGUGGAGGACCGGAGGGCAACAUCAUGAUAGACCUCUAUGAGGUUGCUGGGAUUAAAGGGGUGUUCCUGUCAAAUAAAGUUGUUGAGAACCAAGUGAAAACUUAUAUCACAUACAACAAGGGGAGAGACUGGCGUCUUCUUCAGGCUCCAACAACCGAUCUCCAGGGAAACAAGGUUUAUUGUGAACAACCUUACUGUUCGUUAAAUCUACAUCUUCAUGUGUCGGAGAAUCCUUACACCUCGGGAAACAUUGUCAGCAAAGAUUCAGCUCCAGGAGUUAUAAUAGCAUCAGGUGUGGUUGGACCUGAGCUGACCAGUACCAAUGUCAGUAUUUUCAUCACAUCUGAUGCUGGAAACACCUGGAGAGAGGUUUUUCAGGAAGAGUACAGCGUGUUUUUCCUGAAUCAAGGAGGAUCUCUGGUGGCCAUCCGACACACACCUCUGCCAAUUAGACACAUUUGGCUGAGUUUUGAUGAGGGCAGAAACUGGGACAAAUAUAGCUUCACCUCCUCUCCGCUCUAUGUUGAUGGGGUGCUGGGGGAGCCUGGAGAGGACACUCUCAUAAUGACAAUAUUUGGUCAUUUCAGUCAUCGAUCUGAGUGGCAACUUGUCAAAAUUGACUUCCGGUCCAUUUUCCAACAACGAUGUACAGCUGAAGAUUAUCUGACAUGGCAGCUGCACAAUGAGGACGAAGUGUGCAUCAUGGGAAUGAAGAGAAUCUUCCAAAAACUGAAAGCAAACGUUCGAUGUGUCAAGGCCAGAGAUCAGUAUAUAUCCCAGAUGUCAGACUCCUGCCCGUGCACAGAGGCAGAUUUUGAGUGCGACUAUGGAUUUGAGAGGCAGACUGAUGGGAGCUGCACUCCGGCUUUCUGGUUCGUUCCCUCAGCAACAUCUAGAGACUGCAUAACGGGGGACAGCUUCCUCAACACCACAGGAUAUCGCAGGGCUUUGUCUAACAACUGCACUGAAGGAACGCUGUUGAAGUACAGCCCCAGGCGACAAAAGUGUCCCAGUCAGGCCCCCAGGGGCCUCCAGCUCUUCACCAGUGAGGGAACACUGGUAGCAACACUGGGGAGGAAUGUCACUUUCUUGGUCUUUCUAGAAGAGGGUCUUGGCUACACGACAAGUGUAACAGUGGACUUCGGUGACGGGACCGCCAUAUCAUAUGUCAACAUAAGCUCCAUCGAUGACGGGGUCAAGCAUAUCUACAGUAAAGUUGGCAUCUACCAAGUUUCUGCUACAGCAACCAACACUCUGGGCUUUGACAGGGUGAUGCUCUAUCUCCACGUCUCCCGUCAACUUGAACAGGUCCAGCUCUCAGCUCCUUCAGUGGUCGUCAAGAACAAAGCAGUAAACCUCACGACAGUGUUACGCCCCAGCAAUGUGGGAACGGUCACCUAUUACUGGUGGUUUGAUAACAAAACGGAGCCUGUUGUGACCCUGGACGGAGCGAUGUCCUUCACUUUCUCCAAGGAGGGAAGUCACACUGUCGCUGUUCAGGCUUCAGUGGGCAAUACUGUCCAUCAGGACCAAAUGACUGUGGCAGUUUAUGAUUAUUUCCGGUCACAUGUUUUGUCUUUUUCAUCUAAUUUGGACGAGCUGAACCCUGGGGUGUCUGAGUGGAGAGAGGACAUCGGCAGAGUGGUGAAGAGCUGCAUGGUUCAGGUCACAGGAAUCAGUGAGGAUCAGCUCCUGGUCAGAGUGCUUCCUGGUUUACCAACCACAGCAGAGAUUUUCAUUGUGCCUGAGAAGAGGUCAAGACACGGAGCCAUGGAUGAAAAGUGGGCGCACCUGGAUCAGCUUUCUCAGCUUCUGCUAAGUGCUUUGAACCAAGACCUCAUCCAGUUCGUACUCAAACCGGGGGUGCAGGUGAACGUGUACGCCACACGGCUGUCUCCAGCUCCUCUUGUGGAUGGCAGUGACAGUGGCCACAGUGGCACUGCAGUCAUCAUGCUCGUGUCAGUUGUAGUGAUGGGCCUGGCUGUCUUUGUAAUAUAUAAAUUUAAAAGGAAGAUCCUGGGCAUCAACACAUACACAGUGGAGCAGCCUGACAAAGAACAAGAGGUCAUCCCGACAGUGACCUCCAUAGACGUCCCAAACCCUGAGGGGGACAAGCUGACCUCACUGGAUCAUGUGGAUGUACAGUUGGACUCAAAGAGCAGAGGCUACCUGCCAUCUCACACAGACAUCAAGCUCUCUGAUGAAGCGCCCCAUGUGUUUUAAUGUUGAGAGUCUAUGACCGACUCGAAAGCAAUACAUCUUCUUUGGCAGUUACUUCCAGCAAGCUAUGAAACCACGGUCACAAUGAAUGGUCUCGAGUGUUUUGCUACCCAUGCAUGGAUGGACCAGUUCACACUGUGCUGCCUAAUCCCUCUGAGGAGACUGUACAGAUUUAUACUUGCUUCUUGAAAAGGGACACUUUUUGACUGAAAAUACUUGUAUUUUUGCAAGGACAUUGAUCUUUUUAUGUAAAUAAUGUACAUCCAUAAUGGAAGAAGUAAAAGUUAUUUGUCUCAGCUGGUUACAGCUACGCCUGCUCAAAUAUGAAAAUAUUAAACAGCGGGAACAGAAGUGAUGUAUAAUAAUAUCUCAAAAUAUGCUCUUAUUUCUGUUCUUUGGGCUUGUGUUUGUGAAGUUUACUUUAUUUAACUAUGUCGAAAUAGCUUAUCUGAGUAAGACAGUGAGGCAAGCAGAUGUAUUAAGCUCUGUGCAAUCAGUAAAUCUUAUCACCAGAUUCUCAUCAAAUGAAAGCUUGCAAUAUCCAGGAGAUGAGGGAGGGCUCCUAGUCCGACAUCUGUGUAUUCCAUCAAGCACGUCGCUUAAACUGUUAUACAUGUCAUACCAAAAAUAAGAACAGAAACUGAAAGUGGAUAUACUAGAUAGGUAUAUACAGUAGAUGAGAAACUGAGCAAUCCCUCUUGUUUAGGAGACUCAAAUAAGUCAUUUUAGAGGCACUUGAAUUAAAGCUAACAUCAUAAAUGUUAAAACUACUUUAGACAGAUUAUACACAAAUCUGUCUAAUCUAAAUCAUGUAUAUGGAUUCUUAUUGUAGCAGCAAUUUUAUAUUUGAUUGUUUCACAGUCAAUUUGACUGUUAAACAGUGCAAUGACUUUUAAAUUUGUGCUUCAUAUUUGUUUGUUGCCCGGAGCAUUUCUUGUACAUUCUGGUUUCUACAAAAAAGAACUACAUGUACAUUUUCUGAAUAAUUCCUGUGUUAACAAAGAAGCUACGAUACAGCAAGCAAACACUUGCUGUAAUGCAGUAAAAAGUGCUACAGUGCCACAUCUGUAUUUAAAUUACUUAUUAGAUUUAUUAGCUGUUUGUUUGUCUUCUAGAUUUACCACCAUAAAGUUAAAAGACUUGACACAGUUAGAAAAUAUGUCUCAUGUUUUUGUUGUUUUUCUUUGAACUGAUCUCACUGUGAAGGUUGUGGUGCCCUUCUUACAGGAAGUACGACAACACAGAAACUACACCAGGUGUGAAUGGAAACAUUCUCUUUUUAGGUUGUGUUAGAACACCUUUUGUUUAUUCUGGACUGUUGUUAUCUACCACGAUGAUACCAGCAUCUCCACAUGGCAUGUCCUCAGUUUACAGUAAAGCAGAGGAGUCUGUUAGGUUUGCCCCCAAGGACUCAGCGGACAAAAGGCUGCGGAUUUGUUCAUCUCCUUCGCUGCGAGGGACACAGAGAUAGAGAAGACGUAUCUCCUGUCAACAAGACUCAGCCUACGCAAAGAGCUUUGGUCAGCUGCUGUCUCUUUGGGAUAAGUACUGAAGUUGUUCUUCAUCAAACUUUUCUUUUCAAGUGUUGUCAGCAUCAUAUGUCAGUAAGACAAAUUGACUAGAGGCUUCUCCAUACUUCUUCCCUCCAAUCCUCAGAUUGAGCCUGAAGCAUAAAUAAACUUGUCCUCGUCACCAGGCGAAUGCCGUCUCUCCACACCGAUCAUCAGAAGAGUUUUAUUUUGUGCUUGUUACUUAUUUAACAAAGCCCCAAUAAUCAACCUGUGAAUACAAUUGUGAACAUAUUUGCAUGAUGUUUUUUUUCCUUCUUUUAAGAUACUUAAAAUACGUCCUAAUUAGGAAAAAAUGAAAUGUUAGAUUUGUCAACUGCAGUAUUUUCCGUUUAUCAGAGGCUAGAUGACUCAUUAAUUACAAGUGACGUGAUUAUUCAGUGGGUUGUUUCUGUGUUUUUCAUUUGAUCUUGCGGAAGUGACCAUGGUUGCGGAAUAAAGCAGAAACACAACAUUAA